UCUGAAUAUCAUCUGGCUCUUCAUGCUGCCAUCUGUGACUGGUGCCUUGGCCUUUCAUCUUAUUCUGAAAAAAACUAUUUUUAAGGUAUACAUUUAUUUAUUCUAAUUAUCCUUUUUUUUUUACCAGGCUGUCAAUUGUCUAACAUUUUUUUAAAAUGGGUUGGUGAUACUGUACCUGGGCUGAAUGCUUAUUGAGUAUUGUAUCCUGAAAUCUGUCCUGUGCAAUUUAAAUUAAAGCUACUGGUGUCUGUAAAAUUUGAAUGAUAAAUUAUAGAUUAGAUCAAAUGUAUAUUUUCUAAAUAUAUUAGUGUACCUUUGAAAAUGGUAAUAAGAUCUCUAUUUUAUUUCCUAAAUAUGUAUGGAAAAGGCUUGAAACCUAAGGAAUUUUAUUCAUUUUUUCAGUUAACAGAUGUCACUGCUGUGGUUUCCAUGUUGCAAGAUGUCAACAUGAUGUUGUGGUCUGUCAUAAUGGUGGCCAUGACAACCAAAGGCUUAAUGUCUGCAUUCAUUCCUCUAUUACUUAUACUAUGGCCAGCUUUUUGUUACACUGUGCUCAGCCUUCUAGGCUUUAAGCCUACAAGUAAGUCUAGAGCUUACACAAUCGUAGACUGUUUUUAUCCUUGCAAGUGAUUUAAACUCAUUCCCGACGUUUAUGACUAAAUAUGUCACUGACUAAUUUGUGUAAAUGCCCCCGGCACAUAACAACACAUCUCUCUCAUUUUUAUUUAAAAAUAGCAACUAAAUCUCACGUCCCUUGAGGUUUUUAUUAAUGGCGUGAAUGUAAUUAACCCCAUAACUAUCACAGCGGCGAUCAUAUGCUGUUUUGCCCUUUGCUCUUGGUGUCACAGCCAAUGCAAUCGGCCGCUAACAAAAUCAUCAUUCAAUGCGAAUGAUUUAAUGUAUGUUUGUUAAGGGUAAAUCCUUCUACAUAAAUGAGUUUACUUCCUUUUUCCCAUUUUUUUUUUUUUUUCCAUUUUUUUUCUUUGUUCGGGUGUCAAACUGGCUCACUUUUUACCUUUUACUUUCAGAAAAUAUAUACUUGUAAAAUUUGUCCUUUUUGACAAGCUUAUGAAAAAGCUAAAAAAUGGUUUGAGGCAAAAGAAAUAAUCAUUAAGUUUACUUUCUUUUUUCCUUUUUUUUUUUUUUUUCCAUUUUUUUUCUUUGAUCGGGUGUCAAACUGGCUCACUUUUUACCUUGUACUUUCAGAAAAUAUAUACUUGUAAAAUUUGUCCUUUUUGACAAGCUUAUGAAAAAGCUAAAAAAUGGUUUGAGGCCAAAGAAAUAAUCAUUUGACAGUUAUAGGGUUUUAAAAACAUGGAAGUUUCUAUCUUAUUACACUUUCAAUAUAUGUAUGCUUUAGUAUGGCGCAUCCAUAGCUAGCAAGUGUUCCUCAGAGGUGUCGAAAAACAAUUAUUUUGGUCAUUGUUAAUUAUUUGUUCACUGUUAAUGUUAUAUUUUUAUUAAACCUAAUUCAUUUCUGGAUGCAUUAAUAUCAAUUAAUAUUUAGCAUUUAAAAUAAAAGUAUUUUACAUUUGUAAAUCAAUGGCAAAAGGGAGUUUCCUCCCUUAUUCAGGUAUAUAAAUUAAGUGCAGAAGUAGUGCUGCCAUCAGGACGGAGUUAAUUUCAGUCAUCAACUAGAUGGGUUUUUUUUAUGUUUCCACACAUAAGUUAAAGGUUGUUAUUUUUUUUGUGUUGAUACAAAGUUAAGCUAACCUUAUUUUAUAUACAUCUGCUAAGUUAGCUCUUAUUUGAUGCAACUUAAAAAUGUAUCUUUUUUUUUUUUUUUUUUUAUUUUAAAAUGUUUUUUUUUUUUUUUUUUUUUUUUUUUAAGGAUUGUUGAGAGGAAAGCUUUAUACACACAAAUUUAACCACUAUGGUUUAAAAUUUUCUAUAGAGAUGUAACCUUUAUAACACUAGUAUUUUUAGAACACCACUAAGGCUCACGCUUGUUGUUUCAAAACUGAUAUUUAUUAGGAUAGCAAGUAUAAAAUUGUUUAAUUCAUGAGAGUGAUUUAGGCCAUAGACAUGGUUUGAUUUCAUUUAGUCCUUAAUAAUAGAAUUUUAACUUAAAUGUUUCAGGUAUUUUCUACAAUCUUGUGUCUUCAUUCAUCCCAAGCCUUUUUAUUGUGUAUAUGGUCUACACCUUGCUAAUGUUCCUUAUACCCAUUAUGGGCAGGUCAGGCUUGGAAACCUCACCUGACUUGCUCAUUUCUGGACUCUCUGGUUUAGUUAUUAUGGUGUGUCUACCUUUUCAGGUAGGCUACUUGGUAUUUUGCUACCAUUGACUUAAUUAUAUAUAGAAUUAAUGGCAUCGGGAUAGAGGUUGAGAUUAAACUUCUAGUUUGAGGCUUUUCGUUUUGAAAGCACUGCUUGUUUUUGUGGCGCUGUCUUUAGACACAACAGUGAAAGUCAUAUAGGGUGGUGGUUCUGAACUGGUUUCCCUAGGUUAAUAUAUAUUUUUUUAUCUGUGACUGUAAUGAAAUCAUGCAACAUUGACUUCACCAGAUUGGUUUUGUGUACACACACAACCGUGUGAGUCGUGUCAUUUCCACAACCAGUGCUGUCAUCCUCCUGGGCCUGGCAGCCAUCAUCUUUACCCCUGCUGGGUUCCCCUAUUCUUCCAAUUGUAAAGAUCCUUCAAUGCAGAGAUGCAUGCUGGUGGUAAGUUUUUCUUCAAGAAAUGAGUCAUCAUUUAUGGUAUAAAGACAAUAGCCAUCAUUUUAAAAAGUAUAGUGUAAGUUUGCAGGAGAUUUAAAAUCACAGACAUUCCUUUAUUAUUUUACUCAAAGGUAAAGUAAAUGUGAUAUUAAAAAUAUAUUUGGUAUACGUUUAAAACGAAGUUUAACUAAGUUAUUGUGCCUGGCCAAUUAUUUGCAGCAUUUUGAUAGGAGAUUUCAUGGUGUCAGUGGCAAAGUCACUUACACAGACUCAAGCAUUUGGUAUAAACCUAUGGAUUUUCUGGGUGCCCAAAUGAUGGAGCAAAAUGCACCAUGGCUUUUAGCAAAGGCCAAAAAAGCUACAUGUGAUGGAGUUUACUGCGGAAGACCUUACCUCUA